AUGGCAAUUUUUAAGAAAUGGCUUAGGAGAGAAAAAAUAAAUAUUUCCCUCUUUUGUGUCAAAAUAUUUUUAUUUUCUCUCUUAAUUUGGGCGCUAAAUAUCUCUAAUUAUAAUGAAAAUGACAAAUGUUAUGAUAGCCAGUAUAAAUUUAUAAAAACGAUAAAUCUAGGAAUUGACAGAUCACUAUCAGAAAGAAGCGAACAAUUCAACUCACGAUUUACAAGUGCACCUCAUAAAUCACAAGAUUAUUAUACCAUAUUGGGUGUUAGUAAGGAUGCUACCGAAAAUGAUAUAAAAAAAGCUUAUAGAAAGUUAGCCAUGAUGUGGCAUCCGGAUAAACAUACCGAUGAGAAAGAUAAAAAAGAUGCGGAAGAAAAAUUUAAGCUUGUUUCUGAAGCUUACGAAGUUUUAUCAGAUCCAGAUAAAAGGAGAACAUAUGAUCUAACGGGUAAGGAAGGUUUAAAUGGAAAUUUUUUUACUGAAGAAAAUAUGUUUCAGGGAGGAAUGAAUUUUGCUGAUCUGAUCAAUAAUUUUUUUGGUUCCAAUAGACCUUUUUCAUUUUCAUCAACUUUUGAUGAAGAUGAUUCCCCAUUUAAGUCCUUCGUACAUGAUAUGGGGUCAAGAAGAGGUAGAACACGUCAUGGAUCGUCGGGUUCUAAAGUUUACAAGUCAGAAACAUAUGAAGUAGCUCUUAUGUUGACUUUAGAAGAAUUAUAUAACGGAUGUAAAAAGAAAUUAAGAGUUACAAGAAAAAGGUUUGAUGGAGUUAAAAGCUACGACGAUGAUAAAUUAGUAACUAUAGAUGUAAAGGCUGGAUGGAAUGAUGGAACAACAAUUACAUUUUAUGGAGAAGGUGAUCAAUCAGGUCCUUCGUUAAAACCAGGAGAUUUAAUAUUCAAGGUGAAAACAAAAGAGCAUGAGAACUUUGUAAGAGAUGGUAAUAAUUUAAUUUAUAAAUGUCAUAUACCACUAGAUAAGGCCUUAACAGGAUUCCAAUUUAAUAUUAAAUCAUUAGAUAACAGAGAUAUAAAUAUAAGGGUAGAUGAUAUUAUUACACCUAAUUCAAAAAGAAUGAUUCCAGGGGAAGGAAUGCCUUCUUCAAAACAUCCAGGCAAAAAAGGAGAUUUAAUACUUGAAUUUGUUGUUAUAUUCCCAAAAAACUUAAGCAGUGAAAGAAAAAAAGUAUUAAGAGAAGCUUUGGCUAAUACAUUUUAA